AUGUUAACUUUUAAGGUGGCUGAUAUGGAACUGGAUACGGACUUGACAGCACAUGAAAAAACCUACUGUCCCAUAAAAGUGUCAGGACCAGCAUGUCCACCGAAGGGAUAUUAUGACAUAUCGCAAUGCACUGUGCCUGGAGAUAUUUCUCCGCCAAUAUUUGCUUCUUUUCUGUAUUUUAUGGACACAGCUACGGAUGAUGCCUUCAUUGUUCACAAAGUCGACCAAGUCAGGGACAAAUUUCGUCUACUUGCCGAGCCAGUAGCUGCUAUUUGA